AUGAAGGUGGAGAGGAAGACCUCCUCUACAGGCGACACUUUUACAGACAUUCCUCCGCUACUGACGCUCUUUGGCCUCCUCCUCCUCCUCCUUCUUCUCUUCACAGGUGAGGUGUCAGGGGUGAAUGUGACCAGCCAAACCCAGGUGGUGAGGGGCACGGUGGGCAGAGAGGCCCUCUUGUCAGUCAGCUACUCCAGCAGCAGCGCGGACAAGCCUGUGAUUAAGUGGCAGAUAAAGAGGGACAAAGAGAAACCGAUCACCGUGGUGCAGUCCAUAGGGACAGACAUCAUAGGGAACCUGAGGCCGGAGUACCGCAACCGCAUCCUGGUGCUGGAGAAUGGCUCGCUGCUGCUUCACAACCUGCAGCUGUCAGACGAAGGGGCGUACGAGGUGGAGAUCUCCAUCACAGAUGACACUUUCACCGGAGAGCGUUACAUUGAGCUCACUGUGGACGUCCCGGUGUCCAAACCCUACAUCCAGAUGAUGGCCUCGUCUGUCCUGGAGUACAGCGAGCACUUUAACCUCCACUGUUCCCACGAUAACGGUACAAAACCCAUCUAUGGCUGGCUAAAAGGAGGCAAGGUGCUGACCAAUGACACACGCCUGCAGCUGUCACAUGACCAAAAGGUGCUGACCAUCUCACGCGUUGUGAUGUCAGAUGAUGACAUUUACACCUGCACAGUGGAGAACCCCAUCAGCAGCAUGAAGAGCAUGGCUGUCAGGCUCACUGUCUACAGACGGAGCUCGCUAUACAUCAUCCUGUCCACCGGGGGCAUAUUCCUCCUAAUCACCCUGGUGACAGUGUGUGCCUGUUGGAAACCAUCCAAAAAGAAGCAUCGACCUGUCCCCCAAAGAGCUCCCAUCUAUGUGGAGCAGAGUGAAAAUGGCCAUGAUGUUGAUGUUGUUCCAAAACCAACUACACUUGGUCGAAGGAGUCCCAUGCCUCUUUAUGUUCUCAAUGAAGAUGAGACUUUGGAGCGUUUGGAAGAAUGUUCUGGCAAUGCUGCUGUCCAAUCAGAAAUGGGUAUCCCUGCUACCUAUGCUCCGGUCCUUCCCAUCUCCUCCAACAGAACUGAGCGUCCCAUCUGGUCUACCCCCCGCAGAUACCCCCGCAGCCCCUCUCCACUGGCACAACCUCUCCCUCAACCCCUUCCAGGUUCUCUCCUACGCCCUGUCCGCUCCCCUGCUCACUCCCCGGGUUCGUCUCCACGCAGUUUCAGCCCCAUAAAAAAAGUCCGUCCACCAGUAGGUAUCCCAACCAGCCACCUGCCUGUAGAGGCAGAGUGUCCCGAUGCCUCCGAUCAGACUCACAGUCCACCACAGCAGUGACAACGGGAUGUUUUACAUCCUGUGAAAUGUAAAGUUGUAGUUUGUUGGUCUUCUGUUGCACGCUGCCAGGAGGAUUAUGGGUAACGCUUUAUAAUAAGGUCCUUAAUAACCAUUAAUUAACAAGUAAUAAGGCAUUGUUCUUGCUUUAUAUCCGGUAGUUGCAAAAAGCAUACACUGUAAAAAAAAAUUGUAGAAAUAACAGUAAAACACUGUCAAAUUGCAUCAGAAAUAGGUCGUAAAAUUGAACAUUGUACAUCACCGUAGUCGAUAGUUUUAAUUACUGUAAAUCAAAGAAUAGCAUAAAACUUUAAAUUCUACUGUCAUAAACUGUAGAGAACACACAGUUGUGCUGUAAAAAUAAACAAUUUUCAUGUAAAAUGAAUGGAGAAAUACCAUGAUGACACAAUUAUCCUGAAAGUAAUGGGAUUAUUCAGUAUAAAUUACAGUUUUUUUGCUGAUAUUUACAUUUACAUACGCUCACUGUAUUUCUUACGGCGAAGUUCUGGCAACCACAGCUGCCGGUAUUUUAC